AUGAAUUCAAAAGACAACAACCUGAAAAAGGCGCGAAGCCCGAAGUGCGCGCGGUGCCGUAACCAUGGCUUCGCCGUGGAGCUGAAAGGCCAUUCGGGAAAAUGCCCGUUCUUGGCGUGCACGUGCUGGAAGUGCUCGCUCAUCACGGAGCGGACGAAGAUCAUGGCGAGCCAGAGGCGGAUCCGCAGAGGGCUGCCGAGCGACGGAGGCAAAACGGCGGCUGGCGGUGCGAACGGCGACGCACCAGGGAGCGGCUCGCGAGCGGCGGGCGAUGCUACGAAGCGAGUAGCGGACACUGGGAGCUCUGGAAUCCCGCAUCUUACCGUCCACGGCACCCGGGGCCUCGACGGAGCCGUUAUCAGAGACCCAGCCCAUCCUUGGCAGUGCGCUCUAACAGAAAUGCCACAGAAGAACACUUACUCAGGCGAGAUGUUAGGGAUGGUGAUGCCUUUCCAGCUGUCUUCCCACCAUCCUGACAGCUUUGUGUAUCCAGCUUUUCUGGUGAACGUCAAAGUGCCUCCCUCAGGCGCCGUUGGUGCCAGAGAAGCCAUUAGUGUUCCUUACCUCCCACCACUGGCAUACUCACCAGAGCCAGGGGUGUCACAGGAAGGUCUAGUGCCCUGCUAUGCAUCAUACCUUCCAUAUUCCUGGGUUCAGGAGGAGUGCAGCCCAAAGCCUCAUCCCUACGCUCUGUCCAGCAGGGAGAAUGACUAUGGAACUGGGGGUCCUUCUUCACCAUAUGGACGUGACCAAGGGGUGGUUCAAGUUAGCCAGGAAAGAGAUCUCAUAAUCGUGGACAAUGAUUUCUCCUCCAAGGAUACGGCCUGA